AAUUUGUUUUUUUUUAAUGAUAAUUCAAACAAGCAUUUAUUCUAAGCAUUAUUAUUAGCUUUAUAUUUUAAUAUUUUAGACAAAAGAAGCAGACCGGUGCUCCAUACGGCAUGCGCCAUCUUAAAAUACAGUGACCUUUUAGGGACAUACAACAUAUUAAGCUUCGCAUUUGAUGUUUGCGUUUUUAAAUGAUGUAACCUCAAAGAAACAGCAGGGGGCAGAAUUGCGCCUUGUAAGCAUGCAGUCUGACAAAGUAACUAAGAAGAAGAAGAAACUAGCCACACCGUACUUCUAGCGAUGGAGGAUCACACAUAUUCUACAAGCAAACUUGAGAAACGGGAUAGUUUGUCUCAUCCAAGUAAAAGAAAAAGGAUUUUGAAAAGUGAACAAGACCGGCAUCAUGAGAAAACCAGAGUAAAUAUAGGAGUUGCCUUCCCAAGAUGGAGAGACCUCAUGUUACAAAAGGGAUUCAGUAGACACGCUGAGCUUGCUACCUUCCUUUUGGACAGGUAAGUUAAAAAUGUGUGUUUAAUUUCUUCAUUGUAGUAGUUGUGUGCUUUGUGACACAAAGUUUGUGUGGAGUAAGCUAGAGUUUGGGAAACAGCUCAUGCUAACUAGUGCCAAAAAUGUAGCACACCAUCUUAAAAUUCAGAAGCAUUUCUUUUUGUUUAUUGUUUAUGCGCCUUCGUAUACAUAUGUAAUGAUUUAACGAUCGAUCAUUUUUGGUGGUGUUGCAAGACAGCCACCACAAUAGAGCAGUUUCUUGUAAGAAAACUUUAAUUCCAAUAGUAUCCCAAACUCCACCUAAAAACCUGUCAUAUUCAUACUGUUUUGCAUUGUGUUUAAUUUUGCACAGGCACAUUGGGUUGGAAUUCUACACCAUGUUUGCAAUGUUCACACAUGGGCAAUGGGAAACUGCCAGCAUAAUCAUCUUGAUGACCAGCAGGGGAAGCAGUGGAUCGAGAAGGAUUCCAGGAGUCACAAAGCUCUUGUGGAGAUUGUCUUGAACAAACGCUGGCAGAAGGACGUGCAUAAAUAUCUGCACUUCAGAUCAACAGCCCUGCUUGAGUCAUUUCAGAACCACAUUCUGAUGUAUGCCAGCAAGCGUCAAGCCUUCUCCUACAAAGUGUAUGAAGCCAGAGUUCUCCUUGCAGCACUGGAUUAUAACUUUCACCUUAAUCGACCAGCAAUCAGGAAUGCUGAAGGCCAACUAAUAUUCAAACGGAAGUACAAUAAGAAUGCCAGAAGGUACAGUGUGUAUUCACUAAAAUCAGAAAAGGGCUACGAAUACAUUCCAGUACUCCAAUCAAAAAUAAUCAACGAGAGGUUUGCGAGAGGAGUCGGGAUGCCUCGUACCAGAUCAAUGAGGGAUGAUGACCCCAGACGGCUCGGUCUUGUGCCACCCAUCGCUCCACCACCUAUUUCGGAGCUAGUGCAGAUCCAAGUCAGCCGAGGUCUUGUAUCAGAACUCAACACAGCUACAGGCAUCCAGUGGCGAUCUUGUCUACAUUUACAUGGAGUAUUCUAUACCUGCUGCGUGUUACUAAUGUAA